UUUUUAAAUCACACACCCACCUAAAUGGUAAUAAUAAAAGCUCGCUAUCGUUACUUGCGCAAAGAACAAACUUUACAUCUCCAUCACCAUUUUUAGCUUCAAAUUCUCAACCAAACCAAGUCUUAAAGGAUAAUCAAAAUCAAACCCAACAAAUCCCAGAAUCCAUAGACAUGGAGGAAACAAUAAUCCCUGUUACAGAGCAAAAGCAAUACCCACAAACACCCAAACACAUUUUCAUCCUUUCAGGCCAAAGCAACAUGGCAGGCCGAGGCGGCGUUCACCACCACCACUGGGAUGGCGUCGUCCCACUUGAUUCUCAACCACACGCUUCCAUCAUCCGCCUUAGCGCCAAACUCCACUGGGAACCUGCCCGGGAGCCGCUACACCACGACAUCGACGUCCGUAAGGCCUGUGGAGUGGGGCCCGGGAUGUCAUUCGCCAAUGCGGUGAAGGACCAUCUCGGCGGCGGCGGAGAGUGUUUGGGUCUAGUCCCUUGCGCCGUGGGUGGCACUGCAAUCAAGGAAUGGGAACGUGGGCAGCACCUGUAUGAUAACAUGCUUAAGAGAAGUAAAGAGAGCGUGGAGAAGACUAAAGGGGAAAUCAAGGCUUUGCUUUGGUACCAAGGGGAGAGUGAUACGCCGUCGUAUCAUACUGCUGAAGCUUAUAAGGAAAACAUGGAGAGGUUGAUUCAUAAUGUGCGUGAGGAUCUUGGGUUGCCUUCACUUCCUAUCAUUCAGGUUGCAAUUGCAUCAGGGGAUGAGAGAUACAUGGAGAAAGUGAGGGAAGCACAACUCGGGAUCGAUCUUCCGAACGUAAUAUGUGUGGAUGCCAAAGGGUUGGCUCUGAAAGAGGACAAUCUUCAUUUAACAACCGAGGCUCAGGUUAAGUUGGGGCACAUGUUAGCUGAUGCUUUUCUCACCCAUUUCAAUGCCCCACCAUCACAAUCUUCCCCUUGCUCAGCCCCAAAAACAGGGUAAUAUCAAUCUCAAAGUAACUAAAUCCCAAGGCUUCAUUAAGUCAUAGUCAUAGUUGUCUUCGUUGUCGUUGUCGUUGUUGUUCUAUUUGCUUCUUUGAUUUGAUGUUGACCUUGUAGCUUCAAAUUUGUCCACAUUUAUUAUGUUUGCCAUAUUCAUUUCCUUGUUUUGGCUAUGGUGCUUUGCUUGAAUCUGAAACCCAGGUAAAUCCGGAAGUACUCAAAUCCCAAGGCGUCAUUAUAUCCAUUGUUUGUUUGUGUUUGCUUCUUUGGUUUGAUGUUGACCUUUUAGCUUCGAAUUUGUCCACUGGACUUUAUUGUGUUUUCCAUUUACCUUCCCUUGUCCUGGCUAUGGUCCUUCGCUUGAAUCCUAAAACCAGGUAAAUCUUAAAGUACCCAAAUCCCAAGGCUUCAUUAUGUUGUUGCAGUCGUCGUUGUUGUUGUUCCUUUUGGUUCUUUGAUUUAAUAUUGAGCUUUUAGCUUCAAUUUGGUUCAUUGGACUUGAUUAUGUUUGCCAUAUUCAUUCCCAUCUUUUGGCUUUGGUGCUUUCUUGAACCCGAAAACAAGGUAAUCUCUGAAAACUACCUAAAUCUCAAGGCUUCAUUAUGUUGUCAUUGCCAUCGUUGUUGUUGCUAUUCCAUUUGCUUCCUCAAGUCGAUGUUGACAUUUUAGCUUCGAUUUGGUCCACUGGAUUUUAUUAUGUUUGCUAUAUUUGGUGCUUGCUUGAAUCCAAAAUCAGGGUAAUCUCUGAAAGUACCUAAAUCCCGAGGCCUCAUUUGUUGUCAUUGUUGUUGCUAUUUGCUUCCAUGAGUCGAUGUUGACGGUUUUGCUUCAAUUUGGUCUGGUGACCGGAUUAAAUUUUUUGCCAUAUGAUGUUUGAAGCUGAGGUAUAAUGGUCACCCAAUUAUGAAUUUGGCAAAGCAUUAGGGUAGUAGUCAAAUAAAAUAAAUGUAGUAAAAUUGUGUGCUAUUAGUUUGUUUUUGGAGUUCGCAAUUGGUCUAUAUGUAUCAUAUUUUAUUUCA